AUGGAGCUUGACUGUAAAUGGAAUAUAGUGGUAUAUGAUGGCAAUACAUCUUCCCUGGAAUGCAAAAGUGAUGCUGUUAAGGCCGCAGAAUUUUUGUACGAUAAAGGGAGUCGAGGUGUGGUGAAAGUCCUCGAAGGAGGAUUCGAAUUAUUCACACGUCUUUAUCCAUAUAUGAAGAGCGAAAAAAUACUUUAUCUCCCACAAGAACUUGAAUCACUAUCCACUUUUCCUUUGGAAGUUAUUCCUAAUGUUCUGUAUAUUGGAUUACACAGGCACGCUAGUGAUCGUAAAAUUCAUAGACAAAUGGAUAUUAAAGCGCAUAUCAAUUGUGAUAUGGAUAAAGAUCCAUUAUUUGAAGAAUGUAAAGAUGCUGUGUUCAAUGCACAAACAUUUGAUGAUUUAAAUUGCAACUUACUCCCGUUUCUUGAUGAUGCUUGCAACUUUAUUCAAGAGAAACGAUUGAAAGGCCAACGGGUUUUAAUUUAUUCUAGACGUAUGAUUAGUCGUCCUGUAGUGUUUUGUAUCGCCUAUCUAAUCAAGUAUGAAUCGAUGUCUCUGAAAGAUGCUUGGAUGCAUAUCCGAAAAAUUUGUGUUACUAUGCAACCUAGCUGGUGUUUAAUGGAACAGUUAGCUGAAUUCGAGUGUAAACUACGCGGAAUAGAGAAGGCGAUCCCCUUGACAGAAGAUGAAUACUAUCGUAGGUAG